AUGCUCAAGCUGGUGAGACGCAUGGUAACCUUCUUCGGAUGCAAGAGCUACGAACCUGCUGAGAGGCAGCCGGGAGCAGGGCAAGAUGACAAUUUGGAAAAUCAACAGAAGGAAGUCACAAACUCCUCUGAUAACUAUGACCUGGGCAGGGUGCUGCUGAGAGGUGGGCAGAAAGAUGCUGCCAGUGUGGAAGAAUGUGAACUCUUUGAGGUGAUGAACAUCCCUGAUGACUUCUACAACACUAUCGGAUCAGACCCUGAAAUUGGAAUUUUAAUUGAUCGUGUUAGCACUGUAUCGAAUGGUGUUGUCUAUAUGAGUGAAACAACGAGCUUCUCCAUAAACCUUUUUUCUGAAGGUUUUAAGCCUUACAGGGGAGACUGGUUAGAAGUUGAGUAUUCCUUCGAUCCUUGCACCUCCAACAUCAGGGCACACUCAGCAAAGCCAUUGAACUUUAACCGUGUCAAAAAGGUGUGGAUUAGCAGUGUACAUGGAAGAAAUGGGGUGAUCGCUAAUACUGUCUUUUUCACCUUGGAUUCGCUGAUACUGCCUGAGGGCUAUAUGCCUGAAGUCUACGAUGCUGUCAAUGUGAACAUAGUGAAGAGUGAUCAGGGGCACUAUAUUUGGAGAGCAGUGUCUGUCACCCCAGUGGAAAUGAUGAUUGUGGGAUGCACAGACCUGCGUGUGUACAGAGGACCAGCUGCUGCCCAGUUUGCUGGUGUCCCUGGCCAUGCUCAAGUGCUGCUCCAGCUGCUUCUCCGUGUGCCACCACUUCCUGGUGGGCAGGUUCUUACUGGACGUGUCCAUAGCACGAUCGCCCUGCACCUGCCAUGGUACGCGGGCACAGAGUGCAUGGCGGUGCUGUGA